UGUGUGUUAGAGAAAGAGAGAGUGUGUGUGUGUUAGUGAGUGUCUCUAAAUGAGUGGGAAUGCAUGUGUGUGUGAGUAGUGAGAGAAGCCUGAUAUUACACAUCGGAUAGACCUUCCUCCGCAUUGGACUUUAUUUUAUUUAAAAAUGUCUGCAAAUAAAGUGAAAAAAGUGAAAAUGGCUACCAAAUCGUGUCCCGAAUGCGACCAACAGAUCCCUGUGGCGUGCAAGUCGUGUCCUUGUGGCUACGUCUUCAUCAGCCGAAAGCUGCUUAACGACAAGCUGAGUGAUGGUGUGUCUCAUGGUUCAGAAAAACAGGAUGCAAGGAGAAGACGAACAGAACGAAUAAGAAAAGAAAAGAUCAACUUGACACCUACCAACGAUAUGGAGAACAGGAGACGGUCCCGCACCAACAGCCAGUCAGAACAGAUCCGGAGAGGGCGGGGUAGACCGAAGUCUGUCAGUUUAAAGAAGCAAGAUGAAGAGAAAGAAAAACAGGAAAAGGAGGUGGAUAUUUACGCCAACCUGUCGGACGAGAAGGCAUUCGUGUUCUCCGUGGCUUUGGCCGAGAUCAAUCGCAAAAUCCUGGGCCAGAGACUGAUCUUGUAGUGGGCGGUGCCACAUGGGCUUGACGGGGGAAAGUUUUGGAUUACUAGGACAUGGACCUGCAGGCGACGUGAACUCGCUGCGCUGUCGCACAUGGAUGCGCAGAGCCGAUCAUGGAUCAGGGACUGUAUUGAUUCUCAGAUGGACAUGCAGGAAUCGUAUCUAUUUAUCUUACAUCAGACAUAAUGAACAUUUAUGGAAUGUAUUAAAGCGCAAGUGCUUUUCUUAUAA